ACAAAAGAAAACAGAUAACUUAAUAUAGUCUAGUAAACUAUAAAACUAAGAUUACGCUGACGUUUAUGUUGGUAACAUUUCUACAAAUUAUAAUCACAAAAUUCGUCUGGAAAUGGAGGUAGAUGGUAGUUAUGAUCCUAUGGAUGGACUAUUAUCUAGUAAUGCUGAGAAAUGGUUAGAAGAUUGCAGCAAUAUUAAGAAUAUAGUUAUUGGUAACAACAAACAGAAAACAGCAGUUAUAGAUAAUGGUAUACUUCCCAAACUAUUACAACUGAUGGAAGAUGAAAGUGUAUCAAGUGAAAUAAGGAUAGAGGCUGCUGUUAUUUUAGGAAGUGUUGCCAAGGGAACAGAGAAUCAUAUACAAAGUUUAAUAGAUGCUGGCUGUGUACAGGUUACAUUGAAAGGAAUAUAUAGUAAUAAUAUGAAAUAUGUUGAAGCCUGUUUACGAUGUUUACGUUCUGUUUACCUGAGUAAUAAAGCUCCUGCAGAUCAAGUCUUUCAGGACCCAUCAACUAUAUCUCAUCUUAUAUACAUAUUACCUAAAACACCAACAACAGAAGAAUGUAUAACCUCCAUAUUUUCUAGUUGUUGUAAGUCUACAACCCAUCAGAAUAUUUUGUGUAGUAAUGGUAUUGUUGCUGCUGUGGCUCCAUUAUUGAAUUAUAAUAUUUAUAAGGUUCAAAUGCCAACAUUAAAAUGUAUAGCAGUAGUUUGUUAUAGAAAUGAAAUGGUGUCAAGAGCUGUAGCUUCAGCCACAUUUAAUGGAGAACCUAUACCUAGUUUAUUGGUCAAAUUAAUGGCUAGAAACAAAACAUCAGAAAUGCAAAUGGCAUCAGCCAAAUGUUUGACGUAUUUAUACAGAUCUGGUGGAUUAACAGCUGAUAAUCCUCUUAUUCCACUCAAGACAUUGCCAACAUUAGUUAGGAUGUGUAAAAAAGAUAGGACUUUAGAAGAGAAUAUUGAUGGUGCAGAGACAUUAGCUUAUCUUAUUGAAGUUGAUCCUGAACUACAGAAAAUAGCUUCUAUAACAGAUCAUGUUAUUACUACAUUGGCUGUUUAUCUGAAAUAUACAGAUGUACAACAAAUAUCUACUAAACCACAUUGUAAAAAGGAUAUCGACUGGGGUUUGGAGAUGAAACAAGCUGCUUUUAAAGCUUUUGCUUCUAUUGGUGCUAAUGAUGAAGAUAUACGGAAAAAGAUUAUAGAAACAGAGAAUUUAAUGGAUCAUAUUUUAAUGGCCAUGAAUAGUGAUAACAGUAAAGUUCAGGGUGCAGCUACAAGAUGUCUACAUAGCCUGUCCAGAUCAGUUCAACAGUUACGUACUACAUUUAAAGAUCAUUCUAUCUGGAAACCAUUAAUGAAGUUGAUACAAAUUGGUAAUGAUGAAGUAUUGUCUAUAGCAUCUUCUACAUUGUGUAAUCUAUUAUUAGAAUUUUCACCCAGCAAAGAGGAUAUAUUAGAGUCUGGUGCUAUCAAUAUGUUAUGUAAAUUAGCUAUGGAAGAAGAUCCAGCUUUAAAACUUAAUGGUGUAUGGGGUCUAAUGAACAUGGCAUUUCAGUCGGAAGAGAAAGUAAAAUCCCAGAUUGUAGAAACACUAGGAGCUGAACAGUUGUUUGUGUUGUUAUCAGAUGAUGAUGCCACCAUCUUGAUGAAGACUUUGGGAUUAUUACGUAAUCUCCUGUCCAAUAAACCACAUAUAGAUAGUAUUAUGAGUUUUUAUGGUACACAAGUCAUGCAGGCUGUGGUAUUUAUUCUAGAGGGGGAUCAUUCUAUUGAUAUUAAAGAACAGACAUUAUGUAUAUUAGCUAAUAUAGCUGAUGGUGACAGAGCUAAAGAUUACAUCAUGGAAAAUGAGGAUGUAUUGAAGAAAUUGAUGUCUUAUAUGAACCAUAGUGAUCCACAACUACAAAUAGCUGCAACUUAUACCAUCUCUAAUUUAGUUUGGAAUGAUCAUGAUGAUGUUAAAUGUUAUCGCAGACAAGAGAAAUUGAGAGAACUUGGAGUACAGAAAAUAUUACAGAAAUUACUAGAUACACCAAAUCAAACAUUAUUUGAAAAAGUGAAAACAGCUCUUCAACAGUUCUCAUGACAGUUGAUGGAACCAUGUGAUUCUGGACUUUAUUAGCCAUUUUAUAUAAAAAUAUUUUAAAUGUUGUCAUCAGGUACAACACGAUAUUCUUUGAUUGGUGAAAAUAUUGUCAUUAAAACAGGACUGUGGCAGAAAAUUUUUUAGACUACAACUAAAAAAGUAAAAGAAAAAUAAAUAGUAAUCUGAAGUUCAGACUUAAAAUACAGCUCUGAAUAGUGUGUUUCCUAUAUUACUGUGGGCAACUGUAUCCAAUCGGGACCUGGCGAUAUCAUUAUUUAAAUGAAGAUAAAGAUAUUGUAAUAAUUCAUUUAAAGAUGGCUUCCCUUAUUUUCAUUUAUGAAAAUGAAAAUGCUAAUACUUAUAUGAAUAGAAAGUAGAUAUGUUCUAAUGACUUGGAAAAAUAUCAGUUUGUCUCACAUGUCCAUUAUUAAUUCAUAAUUAGCUAAAUUAGAAGAGAAUUACCACUAGAAUUCCAAUGAGUGGCCUGAUCAAGAAAGGUCAAAAAGUCUUUUUUUGUUUAUCCAGACUGUACAUAUAUGGACAUUUAUGAUUGGUUAAAACUCUUUAGUUAUAUGCAAUAAGAACAAAAUGAUAUGAUUAAGAAUACAUGGUAAUUCAUUAGAAACGCCAAUUAAUCAAAUAGUUUUCUUAAUUUGACACUAAAAAAUGAGGAAACCCAUCAAUAAUGUAUGAAGAUUUAAUAAAAAAUCAAUUUAC